UGAAUGCAGCAUGCGCCCAGGAACAGCUCCAUUUAACCUCUGGGUAGCAACUGGCCCGCCCCUUAAAACCUCCAAUUGAGGCUCUUUCCCCAGUAUUUUUGCCCAAGGAGAUGCAUGUCGAGAAAAGGGAGGGCUUUCACUCUCACCUCUUCUAUCUGUACUACUUCUUGAAGUAUUGUUGAGGGACAAACCAGUGAGAAUGUUUUUGGUGGGACUGACAGGUGGCAUUGCAUCAGGGAAAAGCACUGUUGUAGCUAUACUGCAGGAAUUGGGCUGUGCUGUUAUCGAUGCUGAUGUGAUCGCCCGUCAAGUGGUCCAGCCAAGCUUUCGAGCAUACGAGCGCAUUGUGCAUUCAUUUGGUCCUGAGAUUAUCUUGGAGAAUGGCGAGCUCAAUCGUGAAGCUCUUGGAAGUAUUGUUUUCUCCCAGCCAGAAAAACGUCGGCUACUAAACUCUAUCACUCAUCCCGAGAUCCAGAAGGAGAUGCUGAAACAGAUCUUGAAAUACUUUCUGCUGGGUCAUCGGUAUGUAAUCUUGGACAUUCCUCUCCUCUUUGAAACCAACACAUUGACCAAGUUCAUGAAACAUACCGUUCUUGUGUACUGUGACCCGCAAUCCCAGCUUUCUCGCCUGAUGAAAAGGAACGGUUUGACCCAGGCUGAGGCAGAAGCACGCAUUGCUGCCCAGCUGCCCCUUGACCAGAAAGUCAAGAUGGCCAAGCACGUCAUCGACAACUCGGGCGAUGCUGAAGCCACAAGGAGGCAGGUCCUGAAGUUGCACGCGGCAUUGGAGGACUCCUUGGACUUUCUCUGGGUGCGCCUGUUGGUUGUGGCAGCAACAGCCGGGGUCGGCAGCCUGGUAUAUUGCCUCCUGCGGCAACUUGUAUCUUAACUUGCCCUUUCCAUGCUGGGAAAGGCAACAGAUAUCUUGACCCUUUAACUCGUUUUGCUAAUGUAAUGUACAUAACUGAGGAACAAAAAUGAGAAGAUGGCUUGGUGGCUUUAUUAUAAUUCAUUCAGCUCACCUCCACCACUCACAUCUAAGAAAGUAAAGGAGGGCAUCCUUCCAGUCCUUCCAAAAUUGCUAGUGGCUUCCUUUCUUCUAGGGCUUUUCCAAAGAAUAAAACACACUUAACAAGGAAACAUGAAUGAGGUCCUGGCUUACUAAGAAAAACAGAAUGCAUGUAAUAACCUCAGGGACAAAACACAAUUCUUAUAUUAUGUUUUGACAUGAGAAUCAACUCAAAACAAAGCAGUAACUAAGUUGUGUAUUCUCUCCCUACAGAUGGGGGAAACCUGGAAUUUCUCACAUUGUGAAAUAUUUUGUUUUUGAUGAGUCUUUGAGAACAAUAAAAACCUUACAAUAUGUAAAUUAAAAUUAAAAGCACACAAACAUUAAAAUAAACAGGUAUUUAUUUCUGUAAACUUGA